GGUUGAAGAGCUGGGCUGGCACAGAUCUCAGGGCCUAACAGCCACGAUGGCACGCUACACGGCGGCAUUGUCGGCGAUGCAAGGACGAGCUGGGUUUAGCUGGAGCGAGGAGGAGGAGUUCGGCAUUGCUCUGGAUUAGAAAAAGCAGCUGAGAGACGAGAAAGGCCAAGUAUAAAUAUCUAAAGAUCCUCCCUGGUUCUGGUCAGUUUUGGAUCAUCAUCAUCAUCAAUCACAUCUUCUUGUUCUUCUUUCUUACACCACACACACCACAGAAACAUCAUGAAGUUCUCUUUUACCCUUGCCCUGGCCGCCACUGCCGUCGCCACCCCUCUCGCCGUCCGCGAUCUCGCCACGGCCAAGGCUGUCCUCAACGAUGUCAAGACCGGCCUCAACAACCUUCAGACUGCCGCUUCCGCCUUCAAGGGCGACCCUACCGAUCUCAAGAAGGCUGCUUCUUCGCUCAUCUCCACCGUCGAGGCCGACACCACCAAGAUCAACAACAUGACUCCCCUCUCCACCUUUGACUGCCUCGGCCUCAUCCAGCCCGCCAAGGACGUCGGCGCCCAGGGCAAGGCUCUCGCUCAGCAGCUCCGUGACCGCAAGGCCGAUAUCGAGAAGGCCAAGCAGUGUGCUACUACCCACGAUUUCCUCGCCACUGGCGCUACCGACUCCCAGGCCCUCGUCGACGCUGUCGUCAAGAAGGUCCCCUCUAGCCUCCAGGACGAGGUCAAGAAGGAGGCUGGCGAUGUUGUCCAGACCCUCAAGGAUCUCCGUGACGAGUUCGGCCCCGACAAGUGUCACGAUGCUUAAGCGAUGCAAAUUUGUGUAUAUAAAUUGUUCUAGCAAAAUAGAAACGCACAUACAACCAAACUGAGU